AUGAGUGGCCUUGGGGACAGCUCAACGGACCCUGCCAACCCCGACUCUCGGAAGAGGAAGGGCUCGCCCUGCGAUACAGCCCAGAGCAAUGAAAAGCGGCGUCGGGAACAGGAGAACAAAUACUUAGAGGAGCUGGCGGAGCUGCUGUCUGCAAACAUCGGGGACAUCGACACUCUGAGUGUCAAACCCGACAAAUGCAAGAUCCUAAAAAAGACGGUGGAUCAGAUCCAGCAGAUGAAGAGGAUGGAGGAAGAGAAAGCGGCUGAUGAUGAAGUCCAGAAGUCUGACAUCUCAUCCAGCAGCCAAGGAGUGAUCGAGAAGGAGUCGUUGGGACCUCUUCUUCUGGAGGCGUUGGAUGGCUUCUUCUUCGUUGUGAACCGCGAAGGGAGGAUCGUCUUCGUCUCCGAGAACGUGACCAGCUACCUGGGUUAUAACCAGGAGGAGCUCAUGAACACCAGUGUCUACAGCAUCCUGCACGUUGGGGAUCACGCUGAGUUCGUGAAGAACUUGUUGCCCAAGUCUUUAGUAAACGGAGUUCCUUGGCCUCAAGAAGCGACCAGGCGCAACAGCCACACCUUCAGCUGCAGGAUGCUGAUCCGGCCGCCCGACGAGCCGGGCGCCGAGAACCAGGAGGCUCGUCAGCGCUACGAGGUGAUGCAGUGCUUCACCGUCUCCCAGCCCAAGUCCUUCAAGGAGGAAGGAGAAGAUUUCCAGUCGUGUCUGAUUUGCAUCGCGAGGCGAUUGCCUCGACCGGCGGCCGUCACCCCUUCCGAAUCCUUCGUGACCAAGCAAGACACCACAGGUAAAAUCAUCUCCAUCGACACCAGUUCCCUGAGAGCCGCCGGCAGGACGGGCUGGGAGGACCUGGUGCGGAAAUGCAUCUACGCUUUCUUCCAGCCGCAGGGCAGAGAGCCAUCUUACGCCAAACAGCUCUUUCAAGAAGUGAUGACACGCGGCACGGCCUUCAGCCCCUCGUACCGAUUCACCCUGAGCGACGGGACGGUGCUCAGUGCCCACACCAAGUGUAAACUCUGCUACCCCUCCAGCCCGGAGAUGCAGCCCUUCAUCAUGGGCAUCCACGUCAUCGACAGGGAUCACGGCAUGCUCUCGCCCCAGGAGAACACUAACUCCGCGAUGUCCCUUCCCCGGGUCAGCCCCUCGCUCAGCCCCAGCAUCUCCCCGGGGCAAGGCAUGGCCCUGCCGCCCUCCAUCCCCCCCUCCAACGGCAGCAUGUUGGCCACCACCGUGAACCAGCAGCCGGGCGCCGGCCCCCACAACAAAACCAGCCAAACUGGCUUUGGGUGUUCACCUGGGAACCAGAUCGGAGCCAACGUUGCCUUAAGCCAGGGACAAGCCGGUCCCCAGAACAGUAACCACACUUUGAACCUCAACAGCUCCCCCAUGAACAGUCCGGGGAUCACCCCACCACAGUUCAUGUCUCCAAGGCACCGGGUCAGCCCAGGGCUGGUGCCCAGACCCAGAGUGCCCAGCAACCCCUUCUCGCCCACCAUGCCCACCAUGCACUCCCCCGUGGGCAUGGCGAUCCGGUCGGAUGGCGGUUCGGGGGACGGCAAACCGCUGGACUCGGGCAUGCUGCACGCCGGCGACAGGCUCUCGGAGGGGGACACCAAGUGCUCCCAAGCCACCAGCCACAAGCUGGUCCAGCUCCUGGCCACCACGGCAGAGCAGCAGCUUCGACACGCCGACGCGGACACGAGCUGCAAAGAUUCGUUAGUCUGCGCGGGUACCGGUGGCACCUUGGCCUCCAGCAACCCUCCCAGCAGCACCUGCCCUUCCUCCCAUAGCUCGCUGACCGAGCGGCACAAGAUUUUGCAUAGACUCCUUCAGGAGGGCAGCCCUUCCGACAUUACCACCCUGGCCAUGGAGCACGAGAAGAAGGAGAACGCCCCAAACCCCGCCGCCACCCCCACGGCUCAGAGCCAGCUGCCGGGAACCGCGGACGUCAAGCUGGAGCCGGACGCGCUGAAGAAAAAAGAUGUCAAGGAUCAUCAGCUCCUGCGCUAUCUGCUGGACAAGGAUGAGAAGGAGCUUGCUGCGGCCCCGGCGCUGAGCCUGGAUGAUGUGAAGGUGAAGGUGGAGAAGACAGAGCAGAUGGAACCCUGUAACACAGCCCCAGUGCCGCUCACCAAACCUUCUGCCACGGAGGAGGUCAAGCUGGAGACGCAGGGCCAGCAAGGCGGUGGGGCUGGAAGAAGCAUGGGGAGAUGUCCUGUGGCUGCUGCAACCUUCUGUGCUGGUGCCACCUUCUCCAGCAUUGAUGCCACCUUCUGCAGUGCUGGUGCCACCUUCUGCAGUGCUGGUGCCACCUUCUCCAGCAUUGAUGCCACCUUCUGCAGUGCUGCGAUGAGCAGCGGGCAGGGCGUGCAGGCUGGUCGGACCCCGUUCGAGUUCUGCGACCCGCUGGAGCCACCGCACCAGUGCAUCACCUCGCAGCUGGACGAGCUCCUGUGUCCUCCCACCACGCCGGAGGGUCGGAACGACGAGAAAGCCCUGCUGGAGCAGCUCGUCUCCUUCCUCAGCGGCAAAGACGAGACGGAGCUGGCCGAGCUGGAUCGAGCUCUUGGGAUCGACAAACUGGUCCAG